UUCUGCUGUAGAAGACUCGGGACAGAUCACAAACGGAGACAGCAUGAAAAGUGACAAACCAGUGGACGAUCAGAAAGUGCAGAAAAGAAAACGUGAAGGAACGACUCCUCAGGUAAAACGUAAGAAAACCUUUCAUGGACCGACUCAGCCUAAGAAUGCUCUAAUGCAAUUGAAUGAGCUAAAACCUGGUUUGAAAUACAUUGUUGAAUCUUUAGAAGGAGAUUCUCGUAACCUUUGCCAUGUGGUAUCUGUAGAAGUAAACAAACAGAAGUUUAUCGGAAAGGGGAAAUCAAAACAGUUGGCCAAACAAGCAGCUGCACAAGCUGCACUAGCUUCGUUUGUCCAGUUUAAAGAUACUCCAAAAGCAAUGCAAGUGUUAAAUCGACCUGUAACUUGUGUAGAUUUUACAACAGAUGUGGUUGAUGAUGAAAGCAUUUUCAGCAAAUUUGAAAGUGAAGAACCUGAUGUUCAACAUACCUCAAAUAUAGAAGAGACCAUGAUAAUUCCCCAAGAAGGUAUUCCACUUGAUUGUGUUAAAAUAAAAUUUUCCAAGGCUUUCUCUGAGGCUGAGAAAAAAAAUCCAGUGAUGUUGUUACACGAGCUACAUCCUGGAGUUCAGUUUAUGGUAGUAAGAGAAACUCCGUCAAACCCAGCUAAGAGAUUUACGAUGGGCCUUUCAUUGGAAAAUAAAACAUUUGAAGGUUCAGGACCAAAUAAAAAACAAGCCAAAGCGGCUGUAGCCAAAGUUGCUCUCAGUUCUCUGUAUGGAAUUGAUUAUGCAUUACCUUUAACCCUCCUGACUAGAAAAGGUCAACAGAAUCAGUUCAGGUGA